AUGUCUUCAUCACCACUCCACCCCGCCAGCCUCGUCGACCCCUCUUCCCACUCCCCGGCCCUCCUCGAGCUGGUAGAGGUCGACAUGAGCCGCAGUCUCAUUGAACAUGUUGUCGACACAGUCGCGGAGACCGUCGACUACGCCCUGGGCCGCCCCUCGUCCUCCCGCAGGGGUCGCAGCCUCUCCCGCAGCACGGAACACACCAAGUUCCUCAACUUUGUCACCGAUGUCCUCCACAAGGCCGAGGUCAAGGUCCCCGCUCUCCUCGUGACCCUUGUCUACAUCGAACGCGCCAAGCCACACAUUCAGAUCGCUCUUGAGCAAUGGGCCCACGAGCGCGUCUUCCUCGGCGCCCUCAUCCUCGCCAACAAGUACCUGAACGACUCCACCCUCAAGAACGUCCACUGGGCGCUCUGCACUGGGGUCUUCGGCAAGCGCGACAUCGGCCGCAUCGAGCGCGAGUUCCUCGAUGUCCUCGACUUCGAGCUCUCCGUCUCCGAGGCCGACCUCCUCGCACACCACGACGCGCUCCUCGCUGUCGCCCGCCCUGCCGUCCCCGUCCCCUGCGCUGCCUCGCGCCGCAAGACCCACCACCGCCGCACGAGCUCCGGUUCGCCCCUCGGCUCGCGCUGGUCCGCGUCAUCCUCGGAGAUGGACGUCGACUCCGAGUCUUCCUUUGACUCCGUCUCCCUCCCCCGCACACCCGAGCACGUCCCCGUGUCCGCCCCCGCGCCCGCCAAGGAAGAGCUCGACUUUUCCGCGAACCCGCACGCGCACGCCGCACACCACGUCGAUCCCACAAUAGCGCAAGCCACGCGCGGCGCGCGUCAUUCCGCGAUGGCCAUCCUCCGCGCGUUCCCCCUCCCGCACUUCCACUCGGAGCCGCAUCACGCCGCGCCGCAAGCCGUACCCGUGCGUGCAUAA